AACACAGAUGAGUGUGAAAGAGUGCCGGGCAGUAACUCGAACUUGUUUUUACCCGAUGUAAAUAGACGUUUAUUACUCUCGCAUAAAGCAGCUUGAUUAAACCCCUGCUGUUCUGAGCAGCAGCUGAACGGACUGCAAUGCCUUGUGCAUAUGUGUUGCCUGGUGGUGUGGAGCUGGGCAGGACAGUUUGAUUUGCCGAGAUUGUCCAGAAAUUACUCUCAACACAAGAGUGUAGUUCAAAUUGUGGAGCGCUGGGCACAAAUAGAUCACUCAAACGGAAUGCUAUUGCUUCGGGUUUUAUGCAGCAGCUUGGGAAUGCUAAACUUUAUAAUUUCAUCCGCUCUUCUGUGUUCGCAAAUCGCCUGUCAAGAUGCAGAAUACGGUGAAACACAUUCCGAGUCCAUCCCAGUGGCCUCUUCAGAAUCUUUGCCUCAUUUUCUUGUUGAACCAGAGGAUGUGUACAUUGUGAAAAACAAACCUGUCACCUUGGUCUGCAAAGCAACACCAGCCACACAGAUAUACUUCAAAUGCAAUGGUGAAUGGGUGCAUCAGAUGAAUCAUGUAACGGAAGAAACCAUUGACAAAGUCACAGGACUUGUGGUACUACAGGUUAGAACUGAUAUUUCACGUCAGCAAGUAGAGAAGAUGUUUGGUUUAGAAGAAUAUUGGUGCCAGUGUGUGGCAUGGAGCACCUCAGGCACCACUAAAAGUCAAAAGGCUUUUGUCCGCAUUGCAUAUCUGCGGAAAAAUUUUGAACAAGAGCCAAUAGGGAAAGAGGUUCCUUUGGAUCAAGAGGUUUUACUUCAUUGUCGUCCCCCAGAGGGUAUUCCAUCUGCAAAGGUGGAAUGGUUGAAGAAUGAAGAACUAAUUGACCCAACUCGGGAUCCUAACUUCUACAUCACCUUGGAUCAUAAUUUGAUCAUCAAAGAGGCUCGAUUAUCCGACACAGCAAAUUACACCUGUGUGGCAAAGAACAUCGUAGCCAGAAGAAGAAGUGCAACUGCUGCAGUAACAACAUAUGUAAAUGGUGGCUGGUCCACAUGGACAGAGUGGUGGCCCUGUAGCACUACCUGUGGUAGAGGAUGGCAGCAAAGAACACGCACUUGUACCAACCCUAGCCCUCAGAAUGGUGGAUCAUUCUGUGAUGGAGAGAACACCCAGAAAACUGCCUGCACCAUCUUGUGUCCAGUAGAUGGAAGUUGGACUGAAUGGAGCAAGUGGUCUACUUGUGGCGCAGAAUGCACACACUGGAGAAACAGGGAAUGCGCUGAUCCAGCACCAAGAAACGGAGGAAAGGAAUGUGAUGGAAUUAUCCUGGAGUCAGAAAAUUGCACAAGUGGUUUAUGUCCUCGGAGUUCUGCAUUGCCAGCGGAAGUGGCCCUGUAUACUGGUGUUGCAGCAGUAGCUGUAUGCCUCACAUUAUUGCUUGUUGUCAUAAUACUUGUGUAUCGAAAGAAACAGCAGGACUUCGAUUCUGAUGUCACUGACUCCUCAAUUUUAACAGCGGGAUUCCAACCUGUGAACAUUAAAACGCCUAAGCAAGAUAACUCCCAUUUGCUUACAAUCCAGCCUGACCUCACAAGCACAUCAACAUUCCAAGGGUCCAUCCGUUCACGACAGGAUAUUUCAGACAAGAUUCCAAUGACUAACUCCCCACUUCUGGAUCCACUUGCAAGUGAAAGACAUACGUUACGUAAUGGUACAGCAAUUUCCAACACUUCCAACUUUAUGGAGAGGCUUUCGAUGCAAACGAGCACCAGAUCAUUAUUGAGGGAUGCUUCAAAUACUGCAUUUGGAACAUUUAAUUUUUUAGGUGGUCGCCUAACCAUUCCUAGCAGAGGUAUAAGCUUACUCAUUCCACCAGAAGCUAUUCCUCGAGGGAAGAUCUAUGAACUAUACCUUACUGUCCACAAGAAGGAGGACAUGAGGUUACCUCUAGCAGGGUGCCAGACCCUGCUCAGUCCAGUUGUCAGCUGUGGGCCUCCAGGUGUCCUGCUAACUGGGCCGGUCAUCCUUAGCAUUCAACAUUGUGCAGAAGGAAAUCUGGAGAACUGGUCCAUCAAGCUGAAGAAACAAUCACCUCAAGGAAACUGGGAGGAGAUAUUACAUUUGGGGCAAGAAAUUCCUUCCAAUCCUUAUUAUUGUCAGCUUGAUGGACAGAUGUCCCACAUAUUUACUGAAACACUGGGUAAAUACACUCUAGUUGGUGAAUCACUGAACACAAAUGCAGCAAAGCGUCUAAGACUAGUUCUGUUUGCACCAGGAGCGUGCACAUCAUUGGAGUAUAGCAUACGGGUCUACUGUCUGGAGGAUACGCAAAAUGCAUUGAAGGAAGUAAUGCAACUGGAGAAGCAUCUUGGAGGGCAACUCUUAGAUGAGCCGAAGAUUCUUCACUUUAAAGACAACUAUCACAAUUUACGACUCUCCAUACAUGACAUACAAAGGUCACUCUGGACCAGUAAGCUGCUGGACAGCUAUCAGGAAAUUCCAUUUUAUCACAUUUGGAAUGGCUGUCAAAGAAAUCUGCACUGUACCUUCACUCUGGAACGGUACAAUCUGUCCACAACUGAACUCAAUGGUAAAAUUUGGGUUUGGCAAGUAGAAGGAGAAGGACAAAGCUUUCACAUUCAUUUCAACUUUGCCAAGGAUGCAAGGCAAACUGACUUCCAAUUUAUGGAGCCAAAUAACUGUGGCACAUCUUUAGCAGGACCAUGUGCUUUCAAAAUCCCUUAUCUGAUUAGGCAGAAGAUUUGCAGCAGUCUGGAUAUUCCAAGUUCAAGAGGAAGUGACUGGAGAAUGCUGGCAUAUAAAUUGAAAUUGGACCGGUAUCUCAAUUAUUUUGCAUCAAAAGCCAGUCCUACCUCCGUGAUUCUUGACUUAUGGGAAGCUCAGCAUUUGCAUCAUGGCAACCUGAACCAUCUUGCUAUGAUCAUGGCAGAAAUGGGAAAGCAAGAGCCAAUGAUUUUUGUCGUGUCAGAGGCAGAAUGCUGAGGUAGUUUCAAUAUGUUAUUGACAAAUUGUGAACAUUAACUUUAAAGGAAAAUACUCAGAUUCAACUGAAGUGUUGCUUAAGCAGUAACUCUUUCACCCUAAACAAGAUUAAUCUAUUUUCAAUGGAUUAAGGCUUCUAUGUAGAUUUGCUACUUUUGUUAACAUUCAUGACUGAAGUGGAUUUUGUAUUAUGUAUGUUCACUAAUUCAAAAAGGGCUUCAAAAUAAUUGCUCUUUAGCCCUGAAUGGUCUAUUGGAAAAUUAUAACUACACCACAUUUUGUAGUGCAUAAUAUGAUAGGAAGACCCCACAUUCAAUCCUUCUAUAUUGAUAAAAUGAUAAAUUAUAACUAGAUUGGCAAAAGGGUAUUGGAAUUGACCUCAGGAUUUCUAGGCUGGAUAAUGGAAACAAUGGACAGUAGUCCUUGCUCUUGAUUAGCAAAUGAUGCUGGUUAUACACGUGUGUGUGCGUGUGUGUGUGUGUGUGUGUGUGUGUGUGUGCGCGCGCGCGCGCGCGUAGUGGAAUUGCACUCUGCUGGAGGUGGUGAAGGUGGAAAGUGAGAGGCACAUGUUUUACGUAAACCAAAAGAGGGAAAAGUAUAGUGGACAGCUAACCAGCUUCAGCUGGCUGAUAUAACAGGUGGAUUGACUUGUCAACCCACUCUUAAAUGACCAGUUCCACCUAAUUGGGGAAAUGCAUUCUCCCAGACUAAUGUCCAGUUACCCAAGUUGAAAUUGAUUUUAGAUUGUUAUGCAUCACACUGAUACUCAUAAAUUUAGUUUGAGAAGGUCGGCAUCCCAUUUAUAACACAUUCUUUCCUAUUUCAUGUCUCAUCAUUUUCAGAUUUAGUUUUAUUGAACAUCAUCAGAUAUUUAUACCAUGUUUUGCGAUAUCUUGUAUUUUUUUCUUAAAACACGCAUCAACAGAACUUAACCAUUUGAUACAAUUGAUUUUCAAUGUAUUGGAGAAAUUUAUCUCCGUGAAAUUUAGCCUAGACCAAGGUGCAGUAUAUAAUUAGUUCUUUAUAUGCUUUCUUCACAAAUUCUAAAGGUGUCUAUCAUUCAUUUAUACGUCCCCACCUUAAUGCUGACUCAGAUAUUCAGAAUUUAUGGUUACAAACUAGUUUAUAAAUUUAUACCUAAAGUUUUGAAGAUUGCUGGGCUAUAAGUCAUAUUUCUGGUAUGUAACAACUUUUAAAUCAAUUUUAUCUCAACUCAGCACACACACUAUGCUGGAGGAACUCAGCAGGCCAGGCAGCAUCUAUGGAAAAAAAAAGCACAGUUGAUGUUUCGGGCUGACGUUUGUCCUGUCAAAGGGUCUAGGCCUGAAAUAUUGACUACUUUUUCCAUAGAUGCUGGCCUGCUGAGUUCUUCCAGCAUUUUGUGUGUGCUGCUUGAUUUCCAGCAACUGCAGAUUUUCUCUUCUUUGUGAUUUGGUUUAUCUCAACUCACUGAUAUCUACAAUCUAUUCUGUAUAUUUGAAUCCACCUUUAGGAAUCAGAAUGAACUGAAUUGAACAUUUUAUGGCUGCAUUUCCUUAAGCAUUAUAACAUGUACAUUGGAGAUGUUGUGAUGGAUUCAAACCUCUUUCUUAAGAAGAAUGUAAGGAAUGAAUAGCAUGUUAUACUUUCUUAGGAUUAUAUGAGUGACAACACUAUACACAUAAUGCACAAUAGGCUUUUUCCUUUAACAUAGAUUGAACCUCCAAACUUCACACAACAAGAAUGGUUUCCAUUUAAGUAGGAGUGCAUUGUGAAAAUUUGUGCUUUGCUAACAUUGUGUGAUCUGAUUGGGCAGCUUCAGAACUCCAACUUACUGAACUACUUUCCAAAGUCCAUAUUUUACCUACCAGGGACUGAUUUCUUUCAGUUUUUUUUAGUCCUCUGUGCAAUCCUUAGUGAAAGGACUGCUGUAGUCAUUCCACUACCAGAGGUACUCACACAAAUUGCAUGAACACAAAAGCUUCUGCAGAUGCUGAACAUCCAGAGUAACACUCAAAGGCUGUCUAAGGAACUUGAGACAAUCAAAAACAAAAUCAUCCACAUUUGUGACAAGCUGAUGACACCCACAGCAUCUCUAGAAAUAAUGUAGAGUUUCUGCAGAAUAUUGCAUUCACAGGCUUGGGUGUUUCAAGGCUGUCAGUACUGAGGUAUACAGGAAGACCUGGGCAUUUCAUUACCUGGAGGUCAAAGUUAUCUGACUGCUUAGUUUCUCUGUUGGAAUGUUUUUUCUGAGUGCCAGGUCUCUCUGUAUGUAGCUCACUGCUACAUCUAGGUCACCCAGGCAUUGUAAUUACUGAAAACUGAUUUUUUUUGAAUUCAGUGUGGUUCAGGUAGGAUCUCAGACAUUGGGAAUUGCUCACAAUGCAGGGAACUGAUAGUUGUAUGUGUACAUUUGAAAAACACAGGAACACAUCAAAAGGUAAGAGGAGAGGGCAAUUAUAUUGAAUGGUGGAGCAGGCUCAGGCUUUUAGCCUACACGUCAAUUGUUUUGCAAGGAACUUACAUUGAUACUAGUGCAAUUUCUGAGUCUAUUAGUUACUGAUAGCAAGAGAAAAUUUCAAAGGCAGGAACUUUAAUUCUUUUUUUUUCUUGCUGAUUCUCUGUAAGCCUUGCUUACCACAGGUAUUAUUAACAAACCUGCUUAAAAAGAAGAACAGUUGAAGUAAGAGAAGCAUCAGCUUUAGCAAACAUCAGUUAGAUCUAUUGGUGUUUGGCAGCAGAAAGGGUGGCCCAGGUACAGUGGUAAAGGGCAGGUGUCAGCUCCUUGGAUCUAUCAGUUUUGAAUGUGUCAUUUCCCUGGGGCACAGCAGCAGGUUUGCUAUACUGGGAAGUCAGGCUUUCUCAAUGUUUGUUUAGAAUAUUCUAGUCCAAAAUCAUUUUGCUGUUUACUCUUCCAAGCCCGGGGCUGAGAUCAUCACCCUCAUCUCCUGAAAGAUGGAACAAGAAUGGGGUUUGGAGUGUGUCAGAUGUUCAGAGAGGGCAGCAGCAGGGAUGGUGCCUCAGUCCUGGGCAUUAUGCUGCUGGCAAUUACCCUUUCAGACACCUCUGUGCAGGUGUGCUGAAAAGUUCCCUCUGUGAACGGUAAAGAAUGACAGUUCCUCAUUACUUUCACCUCACACAUAACUGUUCAAGACAACUUUAGAAAGUCUAAAGACAGCCCUAUGCUCAUAAUUAAGCUUCAGUGAAUAUGAUCUUACUUAGUGAAGUGCAUACCCCCUUUAAGCAGUUCCCAGACAUUUUCUGGAAAUUGCAUUAGCCAUUAAUUAGGCAAUGUCUUUUUGGAUACAGUAGGUUGUUUAUCUAUCAUAUUGAGAGACUGUGCAAUUAAAAAUAACCUCCAACAUCAUCAAAGCUUCCUGUUCCUUGUUCCAUCUGGCUGAGUUAUGCUUUGGUGCAUAGAUUUUAAUAAUAAUAAUAAUAAUACUGCAGGUUAAUCUAUUUCAACAAUGCACAGUAUGACUAGAAAGAUGGGGCAUAGGUAAAGUUCAACUUUUCAUACACUCUCCAAUAUUCUUGAUGAAUACUUAUUCAGAAGGCUGUUAAUUUUCUUUAUUUUAUGUAUAUCUAGCUCUACAUUGUCUUCCACAUAUCACCGUGUGAAUUAGAAAUUACAUACUUUGUUUAAAGAAAACAUUCUCUUGGGAAAUACAUGAAAAUUUCAUGACAUAUCCUUUCCAUCUACUAUUUAAUUAAGGAAAGAGAUCAGAACCUCUUCUCUUACAAAGUGAAAACAUAGACGAGUCGGUAAAUUAGAAGCAAUUAGUGUUAGCUGUUGAUAAAUUACUCAAGUUUGUAAUCGACGAUAACGUUGCCACUUGUUGGAGAAGCAGGAAAGAAUCAAGGUUGGUCAGCAGACUUCCAAUAGGCAAGCAAAUGCUGAAAUGUCUUUUGGUUAUUUUUUCCCUCUGAAAGCCAGGAUUUAAGGGUUGAAUUGUGUUUAGGGUUCUGUAUUAACACAAAAUAAAUUUAAAGGUUUUUGGAAUACUCAGUUGAUAUGAUAAGGGACCAUUGCUCUAUCUCUUAUCAGGCAAUAUGGAUCCUAUUCAUUUUGAGACUAGCAAUGUGUUAUAUUUACACCCAGAUCCUGGUCAGGAGUAGCUUGUUUUAUUUACUGAUGAAGAAUAGGUAUUUUGAAGUUUCAUGAUUCUCCUGCUGGCUGAACAUUCUCAGAGAAAAGAACAAAAGAACGGACAGCUGUUAAAAUAUGAGCAUGAAGUCUGCAGGCCCAAGGCCUGGAGGUAAAGAUGCUGGAGGUCAGAUUUUAUACUCCAAAAUCUUCUGAAAAGAAAGCAAAUGCCAAAAUCAUAGAUCAGCCUAUGAAGGAUACACAACAUGUGGUUUGUAUUCUCUUCUGUGAGGACAGAUGUGAGAUUAAGUAAGCUAAAGCCAUUUAACAUGUGAUUUUUGAUGUAAGCUUUCUGUCCCAAAAUUACGUGGAAUGAGUGGCUUGGGAAUGGUCCAGUUGACUCAUUGGUCUGUGCUGCUGAUCAUGCUUCAAGAAUUUUCUAUCCUGUAAUUUGCCACAACUAAGUCUUUCAGUACAUCUUUCCACUCCCUUUUCCACAUCUGUAUAAUUUAUUUUUGCACUGUAUUUCUUAAUCACUUCCAACAGCAGUGAGUUUAAUGUUCUAGCCAAACCCCCUCAUUUCUACAGUCCACCAGCCCUUCCCAGUGUUACUGCCCUUCACAACCUUAUUGUGCCCAGUUUAGAGACAAUAUUGUAUCAACAGAUUCUCUUUCCUACAAGUGGAAACAUGAGUCCAAAUGCUAACAGGGACUGCUACUCAAAUCAGAUAGUAGGAAAUCUAGUUUAAAAAUUUUUCAAAAUAAAGUCAGUGUGAUUGAUAGGGUUCAAUCCCAGGCAGAAGGUGUUGGUGGGGAUAGACUCCAGAGCAGACAGUGGGGAGAUCUGUGAGCCUGGUGUGGCACGCAUGGUGGAGGUCCACACAGAAGUGCAGCCAGAGGCUUGAUGAACCAGGCACGCACACCCGCUCUGUAAAACUAAGCCCCCCAUUUUUGUUACUGUAUUUAAGUGGUUGUCCGCCUGCAUGUUCAAGAUUUUAUUACAUUUCAAAGUGUUGGUGUUGCAUUGGAAACUUUAAAUGUUUUAGCCUAAUCAUACCCUAAAACACUCAUACUUCUCUCUGUGUCUAACCUGUCGAAAUCACUCAGCAUUUUCAGGACCUGCCUUAUGUUUCAGCCUUAUCUCAGAAUCAGGUUUAAUACCACUGGUACAUAUAAUGAAAUUUGUUGUUUCUGUUUCUGACAGUUUCUGGAAAAUGCGCUAGUCUGUUCAAUCGUUCCCAUUGGUGCAUAAGAAAUGAAAGCAGGGUAGGCCAUUUGGCCUCUCAUAAUUGUUCUGCCAUUCAUUAAGACCACAGCUGAUCUUUUACCUCAAUUAUACUUUCCUGCAUGUAUGUUACUUACUUUGAGAUUGAAAGACUGAUCACAGUCUACAGCCUUUCCCUCUGACAGUUUUGGUACCAACAAUAUAGACAUUUCUUUGCUUUUGUGAAUCCUGUACAACGGCAGCCUGAACAACAAGAGGGCCAUGUACAUGAUACUCCUAAUUUUCAUGUAUGGUGCCCUGUCUGCUUGUAUUUCACACUUAGCAGAAUACAACAUUGAUUUCAGUCCCCUCAACCCUCACCCUGACUUUUGGUACCAGAACAUCCCACUAACUUUGUUCUCCACCUUUGUUACUGACAUACAACACUACAUCACAGAAACAAGCCCUUUGGCCCAUCUAGUUCAUGCCAAACUAUUAUUCUGCCUAGUUUCAUUAACCUGCACAUCAACCAUAGUCCUCCAUGUCCCUCUUAUUCAUGUACUUGUCCAUAUUUCUCUUAAAUGUUGAUAGUAAUCCUCUUUCACCCCUCCCACUGGCAGCUCACCAUCAGCUCAGUGAAGAAGUUCCCCCUAAGCAUUUAAUCUUCCACCCUUGACCCAUGAUUUUUAGUUCUAGUCUCACCCAACCUCAGAGGAAAAAAGCCUGCUUGCAUUUUACACUAUCUAUAUCUCUCAUAGCUUUGAAUACCUCUAUCAAAAUCUCUCCUUAUUCUCCUACACUUCUGGGGAAAAGUAAAAUCCUAACCUAUUCAAUCUUUCCCUAUAACUCAGGUCCUUGAGAUGAUUGUCAUUGUUACCCUUAACCUAAUCUUGAACAUUUCUGUAUUGGUCCUUGAGAUCAUUGUCAUUGUUACCCUUAACCUAAUCUUGAACAUUUCUGUAUUAAGUCCUGAAGAAGGGUCUCAGCCCAAAACAUUGACUGUUUACUCUUUUCCAUAGAUGUUGCCUGACCUGAGUUCCUUCAGUGUUUUGUAUGUGCUGCCUUGAACGUACUUUCUUGUAUUCACAACCAUUCUACAGUUUCCUCCUUCUUUCUUUCUUGCCUGAUAUGGUUUUCAAUUAUGAUGUUCGAUACUGUCAAAGUUAUGCUGUUGGUUGUUCCAAUCGAGGAACUGUUCCAGCUCGCAUGCUUUCAAAUUGUAAAAGAAUGCUGUUAAUCCUUAAUACUCAUCUGCUCCCUUGCUAGUUCUAGAAAACCCUCACAGAAUUUUCUGGAAAUGAGUUCUUGCCAGUGUUCUGGCGGCACUUACCACUCAGCCAACUAUGAAGAAAUGACCUGGUGACAUAAUUAUUUUUUUAUUUCUGAGACAUUGGUGUGCACGUAUGGACUGCUUUAUCUCCCACAUUAUAGUGAUGAACCCUUUUCAAGAUUAUUUCCAUGGCUGUAAAGCACUCUGGAGAUACUGAUGAUAUGAAAAAAAAAGCCCUUUCUUUGGAUACAAAUGAUGAAUUAUUUUUUUAAAAUGUGGAUUUAGCAUUGCCGGAUGCCAUUGGUCUCAAUUCUCAAUCCCUCUUAAUUUCCUUCUAGUUCUGAAAUGGCUUCUUCUUGAAGUAUGCAAGCAUUUCUAUUUAAGCAUCCCUACAGAAUCUGGUGCCAUCAUCCAAUUGAUGGCAAUCAAUGUGCAAUUCAGCAAACAGAUCGCCAGAUUAAAACACAACUCAUUCUUCUGGCCUUUCGUCACAGAUCUUAAAUCUGUAUCGUUGAGUGCCUAAACAUCUUGCCAGUUGGAAUCUGCAGUUGUUUAGCUCAUACUAAUUUGGGGAUCGUGUUUGGAAAGCUUUCUUUUCUGUUUUUAUUGGACGUGUGUCCUCAGCAUGGAACAUACAGAAAGCAUCUGGAGAUUUUUUUUUAAGAUUUCAAGUUGAACAUUGUACUCUGGCAUUAGGAGUGGUUAUGAUCAGUGACUGGAUGUCCUUAAUGCAUUUGUAAAAGCAAUUGUAAUCUGAACCAAGGCACUUAUACCAUUAAAAUUCAGUAGUUUAAGAGUUGAGUCAACUUUUCUUUAAUUGUGCAUUUAGACACAUUUACAUGGUAACACCAAGCAUUCAGCAAAUUAUAACAAAACUUUAUUCCACCACAGUUGGCAGUGGUUAAUUAAAUAUGAGUCAUUCUUAUUAAAUAUUGUUGCUACAUAAGUUAGUGUGCAUGAGAUCUGUUCUGUAUCAAAUAUCAUAAAUUGCAGGUUGCAGAUCAACAACAAAUUAAUAUCCAGAUUAAGAAAAACUUCAGUACCUUGUUGCUAAGCAGUGUACAUUAUUUCUACCUUAUAUUGAAAAAAGAAAUUCAGCAUAUAGCUAGUUUUACCAAUUGUAAAUGUCUAGAUAUGCAGUCAUUGCACUUAAGAAGCCUUUUGUUGAAAGGUACUGGGAAUAUGUGUUUUGUAGUGUUAUGGUAAUAAACUUUACAGAUGUGAAGACUAUGUAAAUUGUGUGUAAUUAUUUUUAUGUGCUUGCUGUCAUUUGCUGUAUAUGAUGUAAAAAUGCAACUUUACAAAGGCAAUUCAUGUAAAUUACCAUUGACGCGCUUCCUUUAAAUAGUUUUCCCUGUAUUAAAAUGUUUGUGACAUAAAUGGUAAAAUUGUUUGAACAGUGCUAUUUUAUACUUUUUACACUGUAUUAAGUGCAUAUCUCUCCAAUUAACCUAUCAAGGGACAAUAUUUGAAUGUUUGAACAUGUCUCAAGAUUUGAAAAGAUAAUUAACAUUUGAAUUUUGUUGCUCAUAUUUUACAAUGGUGUAAAUCAUGUAUAGUUUCGUCUAACUCUUCAAAUAUUAACUACAUACCAAACUUCCUUGAGCUUAUGUUAUUGCAUAUUUGAAAGGAUAAAACACAAUGACAUGUUCACAACAACACAGUAAUAACUUCAAAAACAUUUGUCCAUCAAAGUGAAGGACACACAUUAGAAACAUAGUCCGCUAAAGUGAAGUACACACAUUAGCAGAAGUUUGAAAGUAAAAUAUGAUGCAUGGUCCUAGUGUAUUAUCAGUGUUGUGUGUAAAAUGUUAAUUUUCAUCUAUUAAUGUUUUUUAAAAAUUAGAUUUAUUUUGCAAGAAUGCAACUGUAAUCAGAAAUAUGCCAUUUCUUUGGUGAUGUUACGAAUGGUUGAUGUCUACUUUCCAUUUGGUGGCCAAAGCUGUGUGCUGAAAACUGGUUCGUUCAUUUUUGUGCACUUUCUUAAUAUUUACAAAUUCGACAUGAGGCCAGGGCAUUUCAUUAUAUAAUGCUACUAAUGCAUUAAAACAUCCAGAAUACUGUUUAGGUUAGUAUUGGUAAACUUUACGAGUUAAAAAAAAUGUAAACAUUGGCUUCAAGGUGGAAGUAAAUUUGUAUUGUGUCCAGCGAAAAAAAAAUUAGGAUUAAGCCAAUACUUUUUGCUUAAGUUUUUAAAAAAUAUAUAUUUCUUCACGCUGGUUUGGCUUGUGAUUUUGCAGCUUUGUGCUGAAUAAUUGCAUUGUAAUUUUCAUAUUAACAGUAAUUCUUUUGAAACCCAAGCUAUUGUUUAGAACGGCAAUAAAGAAUCCAGAGUAGAACUGGUCAAUGUUUUUUCCAAACACUUUCUUGUACAGCUGUUAAGCAACUAUAUUACAUUUUAGAUCAAUGACUAAGUACAAUACUUUAAAUUAAUUUGAAAUACAAGGUCUAUACAUGUUCUAUUUUGAAAAGUAAUUCUGAAGUGCUUUCAAGUAUAUUGGCCUUAUGUAUAUAUACCCACUACAGUAAAUCAAUGUAUUGUAAUUUAACCCAAGAUUCUAGUAAAAUGAAGUAUAUAUUGUUAAAAUUGUUGAGUUGCUCUUUACUGCAUGUUGUA